AUGCUUGACGAUGGACCCGGACUUUACUUGGCCACAAUAACCUUGGCGCUAGCUGUUGUAAGCUGUUUUCGAACAUAUUGGCUCAAUCAUUCGUGUCCCCCGCUGCCCCCUGGUCCUACCCCCCUCCCAAUAGUGGGAAAUGUUCUCAGUCUUGAUACCGCUCGGCCUUGGCUGACCUUCAAUGCCUGGAGAUCCACAUAUGGCGACAUCAUUUAUGCUCGUCUGCUCAACAAGCCUGUCAUUGUGGUUAACUCUGAGGAGGUCGCGCGAGACCUCUUUGAAGGGCGCUCCAACAUAUAUUCGGAUAAACCCCAGUCGAUUGUUUAUAAACCCUUCGCUUCGGACUUCAACACAGGGCUCCUACCAUAUGGAGACAGGUGGCGCCUUCACCGACGAAUUUUUCAUCAAGCAUUUCGUCCGGCUCAGAUACCCACUUAUCACGCUGUGCAACUCCGUUCCGCCCACAAAAUGUUGUUCAGUCUUCUACAAGAUCCUGACAAUUAUGCAAGCCAUUUUCAGAUGUUUAUUUUGUCAUUCGUGCUCCCAAUCGUAUAUGAUUACGAACUAAAAGCCAAGGAUGACCCCAUCGCCAACGUCAUGAAAAGGUAUGUGGAACUGAUAGUCGUAGCUCUGACGCCAGGUGCUACUGUGGUAAUGGAAACAUUCCCUUUCCUUUUGAAGCUACCCAGCUGGUUUCCUGGUGCCACAUUCAAGCGAGCGUCAGUGGAGUGUUUAAAGGCAGGUCAUGAUACGAAGGAUAUACCCUUUCAACAUGUCAAAGAGAGGAUGUCUACCGGCGAUGCGGCGCCAUGCCUUGUGACCGAUACUUUGAACAGAAUGAGGCUGUCUGAAGAAGACAACACCGUCAUUACAGCUGCAGUCAAGGAGACUGCCGCUAUCGCAUUCGCAGUAAUCAGUUUGCCUUCCGCUCAGACUAUUUCCACGUUACUUGUAUUCCUUCUUGCUAUGGUACUCCACCCAGAGGUACAAGCCAAAGCGCAAGCGGAGAUUGAUCGAGUCAUUGGCAAAGAUAGACUCCCGGACUUUGAUGAUAGACCAGCGUUGCCUUACAUAGAAGCUAUUUUGCGCGAAACACUCAGGUGGCACCCCGUUUUCCCGUUUGGCGCCCCAAAUGCAACAACGACCAGUGACGUCUACAAAGGCUACUUCAUUCCAAAAGGUUGGGCGAUGACACACGAUGAAACGAAGUACCCCAGUCCUGAUGAAUUCAAACCGGAAAGAUUUCUCCAUGAAGAUGGUUCCCUCACCAGCGACACGAUGCCUUUAGGAUUUGGCUGGGGUCGCCGGAUCUGUGUGGGACGGCAUCUCGCGGACACGUCACUUUGGAUCGCGAUUGCGAGCUUCCUCGCUGUUUUCUCGGCUCACAAGGCCCAUGAUGAACAUGGCAUGGACAUCCCAGUCGUUCCAAAGUUUUCCGCUGGACUCGCUAUUCAUCCGGAGAAAUUUCCCUGCUGCAUUGUCCCGCGAUUCCCCGAUGCACCCGUGAAGGUAUUGGUGCGCUUGACUGGGUUAGGUCUGUCUGUCAACAUCACCUCGGAAUUAUUGAAAGACUGA